UCUCCACCCCACUCCACUCCUCACCGCCCAGAGAGAGGGAGAGAGAGUAAGGACAGCUCGCCGCGCCAUUCUUUUCCGGUCUGCAGAAACUACUCGGUGUUCAACAUGUCCCGGGUCGGCGUUUUCCGUCAUGUCCUGUUCCUUUUGUUUAUGUGUUAUUGUGUGGAGUCCUGUGUCCAGAAGUAUAUCCAAGUACAGGUUCCUGAAAUGCUCGAGCCUGGUUAUGUUGUUUCUCAAGUGAAUUUGGACGAUUGUGGAGACGGGCCUCUGGGGUUAAUCUCCAGUGAUCCAGAUUUCACAGUACAAAUGGAUGGCACCAUUCAGGCUGUACUUGUAACCAUGAUACCAGAAGAGGGCAGGUCUUUCUGGAUAACUGUCCAUGACAGGAAGGGUCACAGGUGGUUUGUGGAUGUGAUCCUCUCCCCCCCUGGUCAGGUGUCUAGCAAUGCAGUUCUCAGACGCUCCAAAAGGAGAUGGAGUCCUCCACCUUUUAGUAUCAAGGAGAAUGACAAGGGUCCUUUUCCAAAGCAAAUGGAGAUGAUUGCAUCAGAUUCCUCAGUAAAUUACUCGGUUUAUUACAAAAUUGGUGGAAGUGGUGUUGACACUCCCCCCAUGAAUCUUUUCUCAGUUACAAGGAAUGGAAUGUUAAGUGUACUUAGAACCGUUGACCGUGAGCAGUAUGAUAAGAUUGUAUUUACAGCUUAUGCCUACAACACCCAUAGCGAUCAACAGACUGACGACCCACUUCCAAUCACUGUGCUCGUAGAGGAUGAGAAUGACAAUGCUCCAGAGUUCGCUGGCCCUAUGUUAUAUGCUGUGCAGGAGAAAUGCCCCAUGAGCACUGUCGUUGGUAAAGUGAUAGCAACAGAUAAAGACCAACCGGGCACCCUGCACACCAAGAUUAAAUUCACUUUACGGAAUGGCACGGACCUGUUCAAGAUUGACCCAUACUCUGGAGAGAUCAGUGCUAUUACCAACACAUUGGACAGAGAGACAUCAGAGAAGUACAUUCUUGAAAUAGAGAUCAGAGACAUGGCUGGAGAUCCGAGUGGCCUUUUUAACGUAGGGAGGGCUGUGGUGUCUCUGAAUGAUAUCAAUGAUAAUCCACCUACCUUUGCACAACCACUGUACAAAGGCCAGGUGGCAGAGAACAAAGCAGAUGUGAUGGUCCUUAGGAUCCCUGUGGAGGACAGGGACUUGAAGAACACCCCCAACUGGAAAGCAGUGUACAGCAUAACCAAGGGCAACGAGACUGGCAAUUUCAACAUCAAAACUGAUCCGGUCACAAAUGAUGCACUGCUUUACGUCACAAAGCCUCUGGAUUAUGAGAAGCAGCAGAAAGUAAACCUAGAAGUGAUGGCGCAAAAUGAGGUUCCUCUAGUAGGAACCACCUCCACCUGGCAGAAAGUACCUGUUGAGGUCCAAGUGGAAGAUGUUGACGAAGGACCAGAAUUUUCUACAUCUAUACUCUUGCUUAAAGUUAAAGAGAAUGUAGCCAAUGGGACUCUAAUCGGAACGUACACAGCCAUAGAUCCAGAGACUAAAAGCAACAAGGAUAUAAAAUAUUAUAAGUUGACUGACCGAGGCUCCUGGAUCAAUGUGAUGGAUACCACUGGCGAGCUGAGGACAGCAAUGACCAUUGACAGAGAAUCACCACUUGUAUAUGAUAAUACUUAUAACAUCACUCUCAAAGCGGUGGAUAGGAGUCAGAAGUCUGGCACUGGUACAGUAGUGAUUCUCAUUGAGGAUGUUAAUGAUAAUGUCCCAGUUAUCACUAAACCAGACCAAGUAAUUUGCAGCAAAGAUGUUACUGGGAGUUCCAUUCUCAUUGAAGCUAAUGACCUCGACCAGAAGCCAUACUCCGAUCCUUUCAGCUUUGAAUUGGGAAGUGGGACUGAUGGGCAGUGGAAGAUAACUAGUACUACAGCUACCUCAGCAAAGCUACAGCCAGUUGUGGCUUUGCCCAAUGGUCAGUACCAAGUCCCCAUACUAGUAAAUGACCUUCAGGGUUUUGGGAAAGAGCAAACGGUGACUGUGCGAGUAUGCGAUUGUACGAAGGGGGGAGUGUGUGCACCUCAGAAUCUAUCCACCACACUGGGAGUGUGGGGUGUCCUCGCCAUGCUGUUGGGCCUACUGCUGCUUCUACUGCUCUUUCUGCUAUGUGCAUUUGUGUGUAGCACAAAAGGAGAGAAAAUGGCUAUGCUUGAUGAUGCUGUAGAUGGUGGGAUGCUGCUCAAAUCCAACUUAGAAGCUCCUGGGGAGGAAGUGAAAGACGAAUUGAUACUGAUUUCUGGCAGUGGGGAAAUGAUGGACUUUUCUAAAGGAACAGGCAUGCUGGAGCAUCAGACCCAGCUGAGCUCAUUCGAUACAGGUUUUGGACAGAAGCAAAAUUUUGACAGCAUGAGGCACAACAGCAUUCAGGGCUUCAUGACCAACACAUUACCCCAUGGACAGUACAGCACUGGCACAUAUGGCAACUCCUAUAAGAAAUACUCAACCAUGUCAACAAUGGAUGGGUGGAGGGAGAAUAUGAUUCAGCUCGAUACAAAACUGGCCUACUUUCGAGAGGAUGCUGAUACGCGAUAUGCAGAGGAUAUCCUGAAGCCUUAUGGGUAUGAGGGAGUGGGCUCUCCUGCAGGGUCUGUUGGGUGCUGUAGUGACCUUGCUGAAAAGGAGUCACUGGAUUUCCUCGAUUCGCUUGGUCCAAAGUUCAAAACUCUUUCUGAUGUAUGCACAAGCAAAUGACAGAGUGGAGAGCGGUAAAAUGGGUAGAGUUAAAGAUAAGAAAAUAGGGGAAAUUACCUGAGAUCUUUUGGGGUUAUUAGAAUGCACCUGUCUUUCCUGAGAGAAGAAGAGAAUUAGGAGAAAUGCGGACACCCUGGAUGUUGUGAACACUAGUCACAGAAAUCUCUCACCAAACACUGAAGCCUUAUGUAUUACUAUCUGGAAUUAGCACCAGAAAAAAGACUGCUCCUUUCAGAUUAAGUGUGCAAAGUAUGUGUGUGUUUUUUCUUUUUUGUUUGUUUUUUGAUUGGUUUGUUACUAGUGUAGGCUGGAUAUCACUGACGAAGCACUGUCAAAUCCAAAGUUGAAUUUUUUUUAAUGAUUAUAUUUUUAAUGUGUAAAAAAAACUAUUUUCCAUAGAGACUGUAAGACUAACAUGCCGCUGGCAUUACCCAGAUUUUUAAAUGAGUUUUUCAAAAAACAACAACAACAACAAAAAAAAAAACAUACCGGAUGCCACUUCCCUCUAACGUGAUUAAAUUCUAUUUCCAUUUUUACAGAAGACUACAAGCAAUUUCUUUUUGCUUUUGUUUAUGCUAUAAAAUGGCUUGCUUUUAAGAUUUUAAUUAUAACUUGAUGUAAUGAAUAAAAUUUUCAGAUGCAUGUAGUUCCCUCAGGAUUAUAAGGUUCUGUCUGCAUUCUGAGCAGUUGUGAGAAAUUGACAUUUGAAAUGUACAUUUUUGCAGUCCAGAUAGCAAAACUGUGCUGUGCCUUUUAUUCUCCAAAUAAAAAGUCCAAAAACCAUAUAAAAACUACUACUAAAAAAAAAAAAAACUUGUACAUUGUCACAGAAUAAGAAAAUGUGAAUAACGGAAUUUUAACAAAAAGUCAGAUAUAACCUUAUAAUUCCAAGUGGACAAUGUCUUUCCACAUUUUACAUGUUGUCUCUAUAGGGGAUGUUGGUGCUGGUAUAUUGCUAGUGUCUACUAGAACCCUGUCAUAGCGGUUCUUAAUAUUAAGGGACUGAUGGGUUCUCUAAACAUUUGAUAUAAUAUUCUAUCUGAAUAUGAGAAUAUUGGGAGUAGUUUGUGUCUUAAAAAUGAAGUGACUGUAAGUUUAAGCAGGAAUUACAGAGACUGACAGGUUCUUUGUAUUGACUCUGCAUUUUGUGUUUCAUGCAAGAUGAGGUUGUGUGAGGCACAGAAACUCAUCAAACCAAACUCAUUCCACUGUUUUUUUUUUUAUAUAUAUAAAUAACUGUUGUUAAUGUAUGCUUUUGUAUAAAAUUUGUCUUAACUUCUUUUUUUUUUUUUUUUUUUACACUAAAUCUUCACUAAGAUUGCACAAUAAAAUAUGCUUGGGUAAGAUAAAGCAAAAUAAAUGAAUAAAAAGAACCCUUUUAAAGCAUUUAGUUUAUGCUAUAAAUGUCCUGCACAUACUACAUAUGAAAUAAAACACAGCGGGACAUUAGCAACAAUGGGGAAGAAUGCAGUUUUAAAAUGUUCUUUUAUUCGUAUACUGCACCAAAUGAUUAACAAUUACAACUCAGAAUUUCAAAGCACA